AUGGGAUUUAGGCGUAAAAAUGACGAGCCGGACCCACCAGAUCCGGUCUUCAACGAAGACCAAGACCUCAGCGAAGUUUGGCCGCAAGUCGUGCGGGAGUAUGAGAACACCACCAAAACGAAGCUAGAUACGAGGAUGACCUUCGAGAGCUUCCAGCUGCAGGUCGACGCAAGCAUAAAAGAGUCUAAUACUAAAAGUCAUCAACAUGCUCGGAAGGUUUUCAACAAUGUCGGAGCUUUUAUCGAGAAGUUUGGGAGCAUCGUCGCACAAGGAGCAGGUAUGGUCUUUGGGCCCACAGCUCAAUGCUGGAACGCGAUUAGCUUCGUUAUUCAAGCAGUACGGGGCUUCAAUGACAUGAUGGACGGGUUCGUCACUCUAAUGGAACGCUCAUCAGCCUUUCUGCGGCGCCUAGUGCACUUUAUGCAGCAAAAAAUGGGCGCAGAUGGCACCCAUCUACCGCGCAAUCUUCGCAAACCGGCGUACGAAAUUCUUGCCCUAUUCCUGCGCGUACUUCAGUCUUCAUACAAGCUAGCGACCAGCAAAAGAGAGCAUUUCAAGGCUAUGGCGAAGAUCAUUCUGUUCAGCUCCGACGAGCAGGUUGCAGAUUCACUCAAGCUCAUGGAAGGUCAUGUCAAAUACUUCACCAUGGCUGAGAUCGAUGAGAUCUUGUUGGACGUCAAAGGGCUAGCAAGACACCUUGACAAAUCUGAUGAGGAAAGGAAACGCUACGAAAAGGAUAUCCUUGAAUAUAUCCAAGAAACAUGCAGAGUUGGCGAUCAGGUUCUGAGUAUCACUCAGCAGAUGAAGAGCACUUUGGAUGGUAGAAUUAGCAAGGAACAACAUGAAAAGAACCUGGACAAGAUAGCAAAGACUCUGGGACUCAAGAAACCUUCCGGGGACUGGGAGACUUGGAGCAAGCGACAUAGCGAGCUCUGCAAGACUCAUGUACCUGGAACAGGAGAAUGGCUUAGUCAAGACGAACCGGCGUUCAUCCAGUGGGCUGAUCUUGAUCAGCAUGACAAGAAAGUCCUCUUCCUGAAGGCCGAUUCUGGUUUCGGCAAAACACAUCUGUUUAAUUAUGUCGUUUCAUAUCUCGAAAAGAAAUGUCGGACCCCGCGUGGACCAAAUCAAACUUUCCUGGCCUAUUACUACUAUGGAGAGGAUAAGGAUGACUCGCUCGAGCGGUGUAUAGGAUCCAUCGUCUACCAACUCGCAGUCGCAGAUGUUGCAUAUGCUCAAGCCGUAGUCGAAGAGUGUGGGCGACCCGCAAGUAUUGCGCGAGCUGAAGAUCGGUGGAAAAACCUUGUAACAGGAUUGCGACAUGCCAUGAAAGGUACAUACUUCAUAUGUAUGGAUGGUUUCGAUGGCCGUGGCCAGUUAGACACGGCAGAAACAAUGAUGUCAACUAUUUCACAUCACACUACGUCUCCAGCGGAGUCCAACGGAAUUGCUCUGCGUUUCUUCAUAUCAGGAAACGAUGAGGCAUUCUCUGAAGUAUCACAAGCAGUCGAAAGUAUUCCCACUAUUGUUCUCGGACCCCGUGGGGACAUUGCCCGUUCCUCAGAACGAGCUAGUGGCAAUUCAGAUAUUGCGUCGCUUCCAGAACAACUGCCUAAUGCAAGUGAUCUAGAAGCUGUCACGAGGGCCCGAAUCAAGGAUGUGUGUAAGACCAAACCCGCUCUAAAAGCGAUUCUCACCGAAGACAAUAUCAAGCUUCUGCUAGAAGGCAUCCGUGGAAACUACAAAAACCUCGAGGCUAAGAUUACGGAGAUCAACGCUUGCGACACCAAAGGGAAGGUUCAGGACGUCAUUAACAACACCAGCGCCGACAUGGAUACCGUUCAAAGGAACAGACUCAAAACGCUGGAUGCUUUGCUGAAUUCACGUCAGGCUCACGUGCUCAAUGAUCUUCUUGUUUGGGUUGCUGGCCUGAGUUACCAACCACCGACUAAGCUACUCGAAAGCGUUCUUUUCUACAAUUUUGGCGAGGAAUUUCUCCUUGCUGAUCAAAUUGCUACCACUUAUUCACCCGUACUCGUAAUUGACAAGGAGGGCAGAGUAGGGUUGAAAGACGGCCUCAAAGACAUCCUGUCCGUGAGCGACUCCUCAGGCUCCGAAUCAGCGAUCUCUCAAUUACAUGCCGAAGCAAUCAGCGGAGCUGAAGUCAACCUCUGUCGCCGGUUCAUAAAAAAUGCGUGCGACCCGACAGAUUACGCCAGAUUCAGAUUUGACGACUUCUUCCAGGCUAUGGAACAGAAAGUCCAUAUUCAUCUUGACAGUGGAAACGACGUGAACGUUACAAUUCUCGAAAAAUGUGUUGAUGCUCUUUUCGACAGUCGGAAAGAAGACAAGCUUGAAGAACUGCGCGACUAUGCUUCGAAGUGGUUCUACUCGCAUCUCAAGGAUCUGGUAGAGGCGCUCGAUGACUUUGAGCCGAGCAGGAAAUUUCUCAUUGACAUCGGAGUCAAGCUGGUCGAUUUGAUCUACGACCCAAAGAUGAUCGACUCGUGGUUUUCCGAGAAAAGUCUGUCUUGGCUGAAGUACGACUUUUUGUAUACAGAGGACUUCAUCGAUCCUUUACUGAAGUUAUUGAAGAAUUCGCAAGUGGCCAAAGGCUAUGCAAGAGAUGCAGAUAAGAGCACAUGGGUUAAGGCUGCCAUGUCCGAUACCGCAAACAAAUACUCUAUCUUCGAACGCGUCGCAGCACGCUUGGCAAGUCAUUGGUUUAGCUCGACUGGAAUAACAGAUAGAGACUAUCUUUGGAUCUCUUACGGCAUGGUUGCCAAGAUGCUUACUCCUGAGAAACCUUUCGAGGAAUGGAACCCGCCUUCUCUUGCGGAGGUAGACAAGUUCAUUAGUUGGGUAAAGGAACACACAGAGACCAACAUUGACAGCUUCACUUGGGACUAUCGGGUAGGUGCAGCAUACAUCGGCUUUGAACAUCACAAAGAAGCCAUCGUUGCGCUGGAGAAAGCCGAGCAAAACUCCCAGAAAAGUUGGGGCCUUUACGUCAAUCUAGCCAGAGCCCACGAGAGCGAAAAGAAUCAUCGCAUGGCACUCAAGUACAUACAAGACUUCAAAUCGUUCGGCGACCCAUCUAUCGAGGCAGAGGAUGGCUACAAGGAUACCUACUAUGACUUGCUCCUACUGGAAGGAACUUGUCAUCGAGAAUGUCAUGACCAUGAGUCCGCUGUCAAGUCAUUUCAAGAACUUCUAGGCCAAGUCGUCGACGAAGACUCCGGAAUGAGUUGGACCCACAUUCGUGCUGUUGCGGAACUGUUCACGACCUGGUCAGAAAUGAAAAACUAUCAAUCCAUCACGAACUUUAUUCUCAACCGGAAAGACGCGCCAGCGCAAAGUCAUGAUACCACUUAUUUGUUGCGGGAAGCGGCAUAUUAUGAGGAUUUGCAUACAAGCAUCAUCGUAGCUGCGAAAUAUGCUGGAGUCGUAGAAAAGGUCAUCUCCGUGUACCAGGAAGCCAUUGAUUACAAGCCGUUAGACCCAUCCACAGCAGAUGGGCCGAAAAUAGACAGCUCUGCUGAAGCAACAGAAUCACUGCGGUACUUCCAAGCCGUUCUCAGGUUCCACGGAAGUGAACAUCAGCAUGAUCAACAUCGGAGCAUACAGUACUGGGAAGAAGUUGUCCGGCGAUCUGAUGAAAUCUCAGCGUCGUACACUACAGCAUACACUGCUAGCCGCAAGCUAGCUUCGAUUCUUCUUGAUAAGGCAGUCGCUGAACUCGCAACAGCUUCAUCAGACUCCUCCGAGAACUACAUCAACAGAUUGGAGAAGCUCGCUAAUUUGAACACCACGUUAAUCUGCGAUCUUCGUCAAGGUUAUCUCGACCCUCGCCUCUGCUUGGCUAGAUUAUACCACCUGAAAAAAGACCAAGCUUCAGCUUUCGUACAGGUGCGGGCUCGACUUUGUAGUGUCUUCGAUAAGUGGCCUGAAGUUCCAGGGGAUGAUUCGUCUCGCCUUCGUUUCUCGAACCUUGCCCAGACGCUGACUGUCCUUGACAAAGACAUCGAUGCUGUUGCAGCAUGGCAAGCAAUCAAACCAUACCAAUUGUCGAAUGCCUCGACAGUGGAUGCGAAUGGUGCAGACAUUGAACAGCUUGCGCAACCAGGCCUUGAAGUUCCAGGCGCCGAUGGUACGUCAACGACUUCUGACAAGAAGGUACAAGACGAUCAAGACGCAUCCAAGCCAGACACAACGACAGCCAAGGCGUACAUAUGGGGUUAUACAUGCGAUGGGAGCUGCGGAAUCGAAUGGAAAGAUAUGUUAGUCGACUGUUACGUGUGCAAGCACUGUCUCUGCAGGCAAUUUUGUCCAAAAUGUUACGAUAAGCUAAAAGCCGGCGACUUACACCCUCUGAUCUGCAACAAGGACCACAAAAUGCUCCGGUUACCGCCCUUCGAUUGGGCCAAAUGGCGUACUAUACCGGCAGGCAUGAUGACCCUGGACAGCCAGCUAGUCCCCUGCACGGAGUGGGUAGACAGGAUUCGUAAGGAGUACGAUGUGGAACAAACACAGAUUGAUUACAUCAAGAUCGAAAAGGCGAGGCAACUGAAAGCUGCUAGUAUCAUUGUGGGAAAAUGGCGCAGUAGGUUGAAGAGAAUCAGGGCCAAAAAACCGGCGAUAGCACCUACACUUCGCCGAGUGAAGACGGUCGGAUAG